AUGCGUCACACAAGUUGCAUUGUCACAGAAUCUUAUCUUAUCUCCUCCCAUUCACUUACCCACGAUCAAAUUGUUACAGCAGGGUACCCAAGCUACACAAUACCUUUGGUUUCCACCAUGCCGCCUAUGACUCUCAACGGUAUCGUCACUAAAGCAGGAUUUAUAAAUAAAACCGCAACCAUAACAGUCUCGCGGUGGGUAGAACACAAGUUGACCGGAAAGAGAAUCGUGCGAAGUAAAAAAUAUCUGGUUCACGACGAACUCAACCAACUGCGAAAGGAUGAUGUCGUUACAAUCCGCAACUGUCCACCUGUAUCAGCCUUGAAAAGGUUCACAUUGCACCAGUUGCUGAAGAGUCCAGAGACAGAGCGCGACGUGGCGCGUGCACGCAAAGCUCAGGAGACUUCAGAAGCCCCGACAUCGACAAGCGUAUCCUCCGCCCUUCGAUCAUGA